AUGGCCAAUCUUUUUCGACGUUUGCGUAAGCGCUUCCAGUCCCGACGUUCCCGACGUUCCCAACUUGCCGAACUAGAACAAGAAUUGUGUCGAGCCUUCGAUGCAGUAUACGAUCUGCAGUUGCGGCUCAUAGAGUUCGAUUUCAUGCUAGCACACACCACCUCAAGUAACCCCACUCUCGCUGUUCCCCCUCUUCAGUCUGAUUCCCAGUCUCUGUCUGACAUUCCUAGAACAAUUUCGCCCACAGGAAUAACGCCAACGUCUAUGGAUGAUAUCUGGCUCUGCUCAUACAGUGGCUCAUUACUGGUAGAUGCAGAAGAGCGGUGGCGGCAUGAUGACCCAGAGCUUGCAAUGGAGCUUGCCUCGCAGGUCAUCAGAGAUAACCCUUUCUUAUGCGAACUUGAUGAGAUGCGAUGUCGACUUUUCAUUGCUGCUGUCCAACACCAUCUUUGCCAAUUCAAAGAAUCCAUGAUGAGCCUAGAGAUGGUUGUGCAAAUUAACAGUUGUUAUGCCGUCUUGAACAACCCAGAAUCUCGAAUUAUCGCCGGCAUUACUCAUUUUAUCAAAGGAAUGAACCUCAUGAAACUUCAUAGAUUCCCGGAUGCUUACCUUUCGCUUUCGCGGGCACAAGUAAUACCAGGCUAUAUCGAAAAGGCCCGUGAGGUUCAAAGGGAGGCUGUCAUUGGGUUUACUCGAAUAGAGGCUGCUGAGUUUGAUCACUCACCGGCAGCGUCUACCCACGCAUUAUUAGAUUGGGAGGAUGGACGUUGA